CUCCCUCCCCCGCUGCGGGGCGAGGGGCGGAGACGGCGCGGCCGCCGCCUUUAUCUGUGGUGGCGGCACGGGGGGUGGCACUGGGGAACACCUUGUUUUAAGAUGGGCGUUAUAAAUACGGCGCUGGGGAUGGGAGCACAGCCACGGGCGGCAGCGAACUGACGGCGCGGCUGAGAGCGGCUCCUUACCACGCAGAUCUCUGCUCGCCAGCAGCCGCCGAGCCAUCCCUAGCCAGCGGAGGAGGGCGGACAGUGCCGGUAGCGAGGAGGUCGCCGCUGGAGGAGCCUUGAGGUCCGAGCUGCCUGGCCUGGCCUCGUGUCGCUCGUCCUCCGGCUCGACCACCGUCAUGAUGCAGAUUUGCGACUCGUACAGUCAGAAGUACUCCCUCUUCAACGCCAUGAACCGCUUCAUCGGUGCCGUCAACAACAUGGACCAGACGGUGAUGGUGCCCAGCCUGCUGCGCGACGUGCCGCUGCUGCUGGAGGAGUUGGACUCGGCGGGCGCCGUCUGCCCGCCGCGGGAGGCCGCCCUGCCCACCGGGGACCCCGGCGCCUAUUUCUCCCGCAGGGACAUGUACAGCCAUUACAUGCUGCUCAAAUCCAUCCGCAACGACAUCGAGUGGGGCGUGGUGCAGCCGCCGGCCGGCGAGGAGGCGGCCCGCAAGAAGGACAAGCUGGGCGGCGGCGGGCCCGCCGAGGAGGGUGAGGGGGAGGAGGACCUGGAGCAGCAGUUCCAUUACCACCUCAGCGGACUCCACUCUGUCCUCUCCAAGCUCACCCGCAAGGCCAACGUCCUCACCAACAGAUACAAGCAGGAGAUCGGCUUCAGCAGCUGGGGACAGUGAGUGCCGGGGGGGAGCGGGGGAAGGCGGCGACCGGACCACCGGCACCGGGUACGUCGCUAUCCGGCGCCGCUGCUGCUGCUGCCGGCGCCGUAGCGGGUGGUGCCCCGGGGCUGACGCUUCCCAGGACUGCAGCCGGUUUUCUAUCAACGCACAAGCCAGAGAGAGAGAUGUAAAUUAAUCAGUACUAGUUUAUUAAUUACCCCCCCCCGUCCUUGUUUUUUAUUGUACGGUCUGGGGCGAGCGGGUGCCGCUCCUCUCCGGGAGGGGUGGCUGCACCCGUACAUGUACGAGGCAGUGGCGUAGCUGGCGGAUAGGAGGCUCGGAUGCAAGCCGAUGAAUAUGACAAAACUGGCAUAAAAUUGCUUCUGCUAUCCGGGAGGGAACCAGGUGGGCUGAGGAACAUCCCUCUGUAGCGGGAUGGAUGGCGGGUCACACGGUUGUACAUGUGCUGGAGCUUAUUUAAUACUUUUUUACUCAGAUGUAGAGUAUAUUCUAAAAUAAAUGCAAAUGUAUUAACUGAAAGUGACUUAAACUUUUUGGUAUGAUUUAUGUUUGCUUCAUUAAAUGAUAUUUUUAACGUCUGGAA